AUGGGGUUCCUCAACCAUCUGCUGAGACGGCAGCGAUCCGUUGCCGAACAGAGUCUCAAUGAGGCCUCGUUCCUCAAGGCCCAGUCCUACGAGAGCACUACUGCUUCGAGUCCACCUAUUCUUGGAACCUACCCUGUUCCCGGAAAUGGAUCGAAUCCAAUUCUUAUUGCCGCAAACCAGCAGUCGUUGCAAGUACAGCUCCUCACGGGAGAUGUCACGUCGCGCCGCUUGCCACUCUCUCGACUUCGCAGCAGUACUCUGAGCCGCCCUGGCACGGCUGGUUCUGCAACACAAUCGGAGACACUUGCCCGUCCGCGUACCAGCUCUGGCCCGAGCCUCGCCGCCAGGCCAGAUCUCCAAUCUCUUAUCCAGGCACAGAGAACCGAUGGCCCCCCAUACAAAUUGUCUGCCAAGGACUCAAGCCUAGACUACCAACUGCCACCACCGAAGCCAUGGGUCGACCGUGAGGCUUCAAAGCGCAACAGUCUUGCCGGCCGAACCACGACUAUAUCGUCUACGAGCUCGAUACCGACAUCGAUAGGCAAUCACAGGUCGACGUCAUCUAUGGGAUCCAGGUCGAAGACCCAUGUUGAUCUUCUUGACGCCACAAUCAGACCUCUCGACUUUUACGAUCGCGUAGCAGCGACAGGUGCCAAGACCUACGGCGAGGAUGUUGCGGAUCGCAAUUCAAUGCUGUCCGUGACAUCGCCGCCGCCCACAGCCCCCAUUGACCAGCAGGAUACACAAGGUCCACGAAAGCGCCUUUCCAUGGGCCACAGCCUGCGGACUUCCUCCCUUCGCCCAAUUUCACAAGUCGAGGACGAACUGCUCGAGAUGACGCAUGAGGCUUCCCGUGAUGCUGAAUUGAUCGCAAAAAGGAAGGCAGAUAAGGCUGCUCGCCGACAAUCAAUGCCAGUCCCGCCAUCGAAGGAAAGCCCAGCGGAGAUCGGCGAGACGUUGAAGACACCAAAAGACGAGCCGGCGGCAUUCCCUGUGUCAUUGAAGGAAAAAGCGGCCGCCAUGGCGAGGAACGAGUUGGCAAUAAUCAGAGCCACAGCUGCCAUGCAAAAGCCUGGCGGUAUCAUCCUCGGUGGCACUCAAGAAACUUCCUCGACGAUCGCCGCUGCCCAACCCGCGACGAGCACCAUGGAGCAAAGUCACAGUACCGAAAUGAUUGCAGCACAAUAUACAUCCCCAGCAAGGACGCGGUCAGAAGCUCCCGUCAGCGCCAGCAGGUCAAAUCAUGAUGUAAAAGGUGUUGGAUCUCCUUCAAGGGCAAAGCAGACUGGACCACGCAGGGAUAGCAAGCAACCACGAUCACGUAAUGUGAGCGGCGCAUCCCUGACGAUGAGCAGUAUCAAGCAAUUCGACCUCGACAACCCCAUUCCGGACAGAUCAAGCUCGCUACGCAAUUGGUCGAUGACGUCCGGUAGCAUCACCGCCUACACGCACGACUAUGAUUCGAAUCCGUUCCGCCCACAAUCGAGUCACACAACAAAGACCUCGGUGGAUCUGACGCCAAUCUCACCUGCUUUCAAGAUAUCAAGCCCGAGCCAGACGUCAUUUCAUUCUCCCAUUUCUCCGUCGUCAUUUGAUCAUUGGCAGCCGAAUGCAGAGCCCUCCACAAGACAUCACACGCUGAAAAGAUCACCACUCGGACCAGACACUAGAUCCUCGAAACCUAAGCACGCUCCAGCCCAACCAACAACAGCUACGGAAAGCUUCCAUAUUGACGAUUAUGUCUCAUCGGAUGACUCUUUUGGGUCGCCGAAGAGGAAUCGAGGCGAUGAGGAAAGGGAUCUUCUAUUCUCAGACGACUCGUUUGGCCUGACGUUCCAACUUCCGGGCAUCAGUUCACCCUUGCGCGAGGAGUUUUCAGAGCCAUCACGGUCUAUGACUAGCCAGACUCUGUCAUUGAGCGCUUUCAAUGACUUCUCUGGUUAUGGCCCUGCACCUUCUUUUGGCCAGGUCUCAUCGGUCGCACCUCGCGGGCACGGGCAAUCUGAUUCGAGACCUGCCGGAACCCGCGGCAAGCAUUACAAUUUCUCGAUGCCAACAUUCCACGAUCACGAUUGGGCCGAGGGCGAAGACUCUGGUGUAGACGCUGACAGUGAAGACGAAUUCAAUAUGGACAUCCCUAUGAGGCGUGCCCCACCCCAGCAUCAGCACCACCAAUACAGCCUGGCCAGACUUCAGCACCAGGGUCAUCGUGUCAGGAUCGAGGACGACUACGAUUAUUAUAAGUCGGGCACAAGCCGUUCUCGUCAUGACAGGCACGCCCAGCCACAGAUUCGCGAUGGUCAGCGAACUCGUAUACGAGACUACUGA